CCUGCCUGCCCUUUUUUUCCAGUGGUUCUGUGAUGUUCUGGGAUAGACCUAACAUAGCUUCAGACUGACAUCACAAGAGGACAGUGCAAGCUUAGAAGAACCAGAGAACCACACUAAGCAGACACUGCGUAGCAACAAAAUACUUUUUAUUAAUAUAGCCAUAAGGUGGACAGAAAGCUUUGUGAAAUAGGAAAAUAAGCUUUUUGCCUUUCUACAUCGUUGUCCGUCGACAUUAACUGUGAACAUGUUUAGCUGGAUGAAGAAGAAUGAGAAAAACAAGAAGAUCCCUGAAGUCAUCCACACUGUCACCGAGGGUCUCAAAGACCUGUACAAAAAGAAGCUGAAGCCGGUGGAAGAAUACUAUCGCUUCCAUGAUUUCCAUUCUCCUGCCCUGGAGGAUGCUGACUUUGAUAAUAAGCCCAUGGUACUGGUGAUGGGCCAGUACUCGACUGGAAAGACCACCUUCAUUAAGUAUCUCCUAGAGCAGGACAUCCCAGGUAGUCGAAUUGGACCUGAACCCACCACCGACUCCUUCGUUGCGGUCAUGCAUGGAGAGACAGAAGGUGUUAUCCCUGGGAAUGCGCUCAUGGUAGAUCCCGACAAACCUUUCCGCAAGCUCAACCCUUUUGGAAACACCUUCCUGAACAGGUUCAUGUGUGCCCAGCUGCCCAACAAAGUCCUGGAGAGCAUUAGCAUGAUAGACACUCCUGGCAUCCUGUCUGGUGCCAAGCAGAGGGUGAGCAGAGGUUAUGACUUUCCAUCGGUCCUGCAGUGGUUUGCUGAACGAGUGGAUCGUAUCAUCCUUCUGUUUGAUGCCCAUAAGUUGGAGAUUUCUGAUGAAUUCUCAGAAGCUAUUCGAGCCCUCAAGGGCAAUGAAGACAAGAUCCGUGUUGUCCUUAAUAAGGCCGACAUGGUGGAAACACAACAACUGAUGCGUGUCUAUGGUGCACUCAUGUGGUCCCUGGGCAAAGUGUUCAAUACACCAGAAGUGCUGAGAGUCUACAUAGGUUCAUUCUGGUCUGAGCCGCUCAUGAUUCCUAACAACAGGCGUUUGUUUGAGCUGGAAGAACAGGACUUAUUUCAAGAUAUCCAGAAUCUGCCCAGGAACUCAGCCCUACGCAAACUCAACGACCUGGUUAAAAGGGCUCGGCUUGUUAGGGUUCAUGCUCACAUUAUCAGCUACUUGAAGAAGGAAAUGCCGUCCGUAUUCCGUAAAGGAAACAAGAAGAAGCAGCUAAUUGCAGAGUUACCUGUUAUUUAUGCCAAAAUACAGCUAGAACAUCACAUCUCCCCUGGAGAUUUUCCCGACUGUGCCAAAAUGCAGGAGCAGCUAAUGAUUCAUGACUUCACAAAAUUUCAUUCAUUGAAGCUAAAUAUGAUUGAUAUUUUGGAUGGGAUGCUGACAAUUGACAUUGCAAAACUCAUGCCACUGCUGAAGCAGGAAGACUUGGAUACUAUUGACAAUAUAGUACAAGGAGGAGCCUUUGAGGGAACCCACAAUGGUCCUUUUAUGGAAGGCUCUAUUGAUGGAAUCUUUGAAGGCCUUGAUGAUGAAGACUGGGUAGUUACCAAAGACAAGUCUAAAUAUGAUGAAAUCUUCUUCAACUUGGCACCCGCUGAUGGCAAAUUAACUGGCACCAAAGCCAAAAACUGGAUGAUUACCACUAAGUUGCCCAAUUCUGUACUAGGCAAGAUAUGGAAGCUUUCUGAUGUCGAUCGGGAUGGUAUGCUGGAUGAUGAAGAGUUUGCCUUGGCAAGCCAUUUAAUUGAAGUUAAACUGGAUGGGCAUGGUCUACCCUCAGAAUUACCUAACCACCUGAUCCCACCAUCCAAGAGGAGGCAGAAAGGUUCUGCUGAAUAAUUCCACCAAGUUAUGCUUUCAUGCUUAUAAUUUUGUUUUUCAAUCCUUCCUUUGUUGCCAAAACCCAACCUUUUGCAUGUUCACAAACUUAAUGUCCGUCACCAGAACAGGUUGACAGGAACAUUGAUACUAACACAAGUAAAUUGUCUUUGAAUACACUUUGUCUGCUUAAAUAAUACAAUACAUUUCGUCCUGUGCAACUGAAGCUCAGAUCUCUGUCAUCAACUGGCAAGAAUAGUAUAAUAGUGAAGAUAUUAAAGAGACAUUCCACCAAUGUGCCACUAAGGCUCCUCAAUAACACAAAGAACCCUUGCAGAUCACAUCCUAUAGACCAAUUGUAACAGUACUUGCAAUGUUCUGCACAUCUUUUUGUCCUGUAUUGUUUGAUAUAUUCAUCCAUGAUAACCCACGCUAGAAAAUAACCGUUGAGCUUUAUAUCUUCUGCUUUUCUCACUGAAUGAAAGAUGAGCUGCAGGUCACCUUUGUGCCUUAUUGCUUUAAUAUACAUAUAUAUAUACUGUAUGUUUGUAUACAUAAUUGCUAAAUAUUACCACAGGGAAUCUGUGGCCAAGGAGAGAAUGAAUGUAUUUGAAAAAAGAGAGUAUUUUGUAAUGCAAAAGAAUGGGAUUGGAGAAAGUGAUACAUUGGAUGAAAACAAUUUCAAGGGGUUCAAAUAGAUAUGAAUAUAUAACAUUUUUAUGUAAUUUCUCCUCAUUCUGGUGCAUUUUGAUGUCAGAUAUUACAAACCAACAUCUAACAGCUUC